AAAAGAAAACUCUUAACUUUGUCGUUUUUUCCAAUCUUGUAUUUCAAUCACUCUGGAAAAGGUGAUAAUUGUACUAAGGAAAAAGACAGUAGGUGGUGGAGAUUAUAUAUACAAGUUGCAGAAGAAGUAAGGAUACAUCAAAUUCUUUAUGGAGUACUCUGUGGAAUCUUUGGGAAGAGAUCUUAAGAACGUGAGGAAGUACUUCGGGAGUGGAAAAACAAAGGAAGCAUCAUGGAGAGAAUCACAGCUUAAACGGUUGCACAGUUUUCUAGUUGAAAGAGAGCAAGAAAUUUUGAAUGCCCUCAAGCAAGAUUUGGGGAAGCAUUGCGUUGAGGCCUUCAGAGAUGAGGUAGGAACGUUGGUGAAGACCUUAAACUACGCCAUAAAGCAUUUGAAAAAAUGGAUGGCGGGGGAAGAGGCUAAAUUGCCAAAAAUAGCACUGCUUUCCAGUGCUGAGAUAGUUCCUGAGCCACUCGGUCUUGUUCUCAUAAUCUCAUCAUGGAACUUCCCUUUUGGACUGUCCUUGGAGCCACUGAUAGGAGCAGUAGCUGCUGGAAACACUGCAGUUCUGAAGCCUUCCGAGAUGUCCCCUACUUGCUCUUCUCUUUUAGCCACCGUCCUUCCAACUUACUUGGACAACAAUGCCAUUAAAGUCAUCCAAGGUGGACCAGAAGUGGGAGAGCUACUCUUACAGAAAAGAUGGGAUAAGAUUUUCUUCACAGGAAGUGAAAGGGUGGGAAGAAUUGUUAUGUCUGCUGCAGCUGUGCAUCUUACUCCAGUGACUUUGGAGUUGGGUGGAAAAUGUCCGGCACUGGUUGAUUCUCUUACUUCUUCUUGGGACAGAAAGGUGGCUGUGAAACGAGUUUUGGUGGCAAAAUUCGGGGCUUGUGGAGGACAAGCGUGCAUAGCAAUCGAUUAUGUUCUUGUAGAGAAGAGUUUCAGUUCUACAUUGGUGACAUUGAUGAAGGAUUGUAUUAAGAAAAUGUUUGGAGAAAAUCCUAAAGAGUCGAACACUGUUGCAAGGAUAGUUAAUGAGAAACAUUUCAUGAGACUGAAGAACCUUCUCACUGAUCCAAGGGUGAAAGAGUCGGUGGUUUUUGGAGGUUCAAUGAACGAAAAUGACUUAUUUAUUGAACCGACAAUAUUGUUGGAUCCUCCACUUGAUUCAGCAAUCAUGGCUGGGGAAAUCUUUGGUCCGGUGCUUCCAAUUAUCACUCUGGAGAAGAUUGAAGACAGUGUCGAGUUCAUAAGCUCAAGGCCUAAACCAUUAGCAAUCUAUGCCUUCACGAAAAACCAAACUCUGCAGAGAAGAAUGGUAUCUGAAACAUCAUCCGGAAGUCUUGUUUUCAACGAUGCAAUUCUACAGAUGGAUACUUACCAGACGAUUGGAGUAGCUAAGAAAUACAAGGGCCUUUUUUAUCUUCUUAGUAAUAAUGUCACAACUACUUCUGAAUUGAAUAUUUCUCAUUCUGCCUUUCAUAACAGUUCUAAUGAUUCCUGUAAUCUGUGGCAUAUGAAACUUGGACAUCCUUCAAAUAAAGUUCUUCAAAUUUUAGCCUCUCAAUAUACUGAUAUUUCCUUUCAAUCUUUUGAUGCUUGUGACGCCUGUGCUUUUGCUAAACAAAAACGUCUUCAUUUUUCUGUUAGCAAAACUAAAUCUCCUUGUUUCUUUCACCUAAUUCAUGUUGAUAUUUGGGGUCCCCUCUCUAUUUCUUCUAUUGAUGGAUACAAAUAUUUUUUAACUAUAGUUGAUGACUAUAGCCGUUUUACAUGGAUCCUUCUUUUAAAACAAAAAUCUGAUGUUAAAAACUUACUUCCAAACUUUAUUCUCUUAACUGAAAAUCAGUUUUCAUGUAAACUUAAAAUUCUAAGGUCUGACAAUGGCAAAGACUUUUUUUCUUAAUGACUUUUACUCUACUAAAGGUAUUUUUCAUGAAACCUCUUGUGUUGCUACUCCUC